AUGCCAAUACAGUAUGACGACACCCCAAACCCGGCCGGCGCCUUGGAGGAAACAGAAAGAGCAAAAGUUGAGACAAGCUGUCUCAGACAACGUCUAAAACUUUACCAGGCAUCUAUUAACAUCGUCUCCACGCCGUCCAUGCGUGCUCUCUCACUGGUAGCUCUAGCUAUUGCCGUUGUCAAGGCCAACGUUAUCGUGGACGAUAAUGCAUGCUACCGAAACAAAGUACGGGAUGUCUGCGAGCCCGCAAGUCUCUGCGAGCUCAACUACAACAUCGGAGACCUCAGUUUCAACCAAUCCUGCCGAGUCAAGGAUGGCGUGAACUUCUAUCCGCAGCAGAUCCAUUUGGCGUUCGCAGGGAAGAAACCUGGUACAGCUAUGACCGUAUCGUGGGCGACGUUCGAGGACGUGACGGACAGCUCCGUGUGGCUUGGCGAUUCCGAGGAUUCGCUGGAGCUGGUCGAGACGCCGGUGUCCAGCGAAAGUUAUUACAGUAAUAAGGAGUACAAUUUGUUCCACCACCACGCCAAAAUCACAGGCCUCAAGCCACGAACCAAGUACUUUUACAAAGUGGGUAGUAGAGGUGACGAGAAAUAUAAAGGUGAUGUCGGCUCGUUCGUUACCGCGCGACCAGCCACAGACGAAAGUACAUUCAACGUGUUGAUCUACGGUGACCUCGGAGACGGCGAGAACUCGGUGGACACCAUCGCCAACGUGAACCAGCUCACCUCCAAUGACAUCGACCUCGUUUAUCAUCUCGGCGAUAUCGCAUACGCAGACGACGAUUUUUUGGUGUUGAAGCAAGCUGCAGGUUUCUUUUACGAGGAAGUGUACAACAAGUGGAUGAACUCCUUGAUGCCGCUUAUGAGCCGCGUCCCGUACAUGGUGUUAGUAGGCAACCACGAGGCCGAAUGCCACUCACCGGCGUGCCAACUUUCGCACCGACUACCCUGGGGCGCCGACGAACCGAAUGACGCCUUGGGUCCACAAUGGCAACUUCGGGGACCAAUUGAGCUGGAUCGAGGCGGAUCUCAAGAAGGCGAACGCCAACCGCGCCAGCGUACCGUGGACAUCGUAGGGAUGCAUCGUCCCCUCUACAGCGUCCUCAACUCCGAGAACGACGUGCCAAACGAACAAACUGCGCUGAUCCAGGCUGCAUUUGAAGAGCUCAUUAUUAAAUACAAAGUAGACGUGGUGGUGGCAGGCCACAAACACUACUAUGAGCGAGACCUGCCCGUCGCCAACAACGAGGCUAUACUGGACGGUGUGUCAGACGACUACAAAGUGUACGACAACCCGCAAGCCCCCGUGUAUAUCUUGACGGGUGGAGCUGUGUCGGACUACGAGCACUUCGGCUACUCGAUGCUUGAGGCCAACCGGACAGCGUUGGUGUGGAGGUACAUUCUGAGCUCGGACCAGUCUGUGCAGGAUAAGUUUGUCAUGUACAAGAACGAGCAGCCAGACAGCCGAUAUUAA